AUGACACAAUGGUACUUGAACGCCAUAUCUAGGUCACCGCUUUACGGCCCGCGACAGGACAACGCCUGGCGGGGUGAAUCAAUGGGCAUGGCCACCACACAGCGUUUCAUAUUGCUCUUAAACAUGGGGAGUAAGGCAGCCACAAACGAGACGCGAAAGGAAUUGCGAUGGAAGUAG